AAAACUUUACGACAGGAAGAAUCUAAAUAGCAUUGAACUCAGUCAGAAUUAAUUGCAAAAGUUAGUCACGGAAUUAGGUGUGGUGAGCAACAGCCAUUAAACACAAAAAGUUUGAAUUGUGUCCAUAAAGGAUGAAGUUUUCAAGAUUUCUAUUGUUCUUCUUGUUGAUCUCCUUCCGAAUUCAAUUGGGGGAUUGUAAGUGUGCAAUUUACAGUUUUGGAGACUCAUUGGCAGACACAGGGAAUUUGUUAAUCUCAUCACCUGCUCGUUUAAUCGGCCGCUUUCCAUAUGGUGAAACGUUGGGUUACCCAACUGGUCGGUGCUCAGAUGGGCGAUUAAUUAUUGAUUUCAUUGCUGAAGCUCUUGGUCAACCAUGGUUAAAUCCUUACCUACGAAGGUCUGCAAAUUUUAGUUCUGGUGCAAACUUUGCAGUUGCAGGAGGUACAGCUUUGGACCCAUCUUUCUUCCAAAGAAGAGGAAUUGGAGGACUUUCCACACAGUUUUCCUUGGAUACACAAAUAAGCUGGUUCUUGCAACACAGGAAUGUUUAUUGUUCGUAUGAUCAAGAAUGUGAUAAACACUUUGCCAAUGCAAUGUUUGUGAUGGGGGAGAUUGGUGGAAACGAUUAUAACUAUCCUUUUUCACAAGGAAGAUCCAUAGCUGAAGUGCAAUCCUUCAUUAUCCCAGUAAUAAGUAAAAUUCAAGGAGCACUUAGAACAUUGAUCACUCAAGGAGGUGCAAAGAAGAUUUUGAUUCAAAAUAAUCUGCCUAUUGGAUGCUCACCUUCUUAUCUUUCUGUAAGAGAGGGUGAGUUAGAUGAUAUGGGAUGUUUGAAGGAAUAUAAUGACUUGGCACAGAGAAGCAACAUGGUCUUGAAACAGAUGGUAGAGGAAUUGCAAACACAGCAUCCAAACAUUUCAAUAGUUUUUGCAGAUUAUUAUAAUGCAGCCAUUUCAAUUUUGAAGGAUCCAUUGUCUAAUGGUUUACGACCAGAGGUUCUCCAAACUUGUUGCGGAUAUGGUGGAUUCUACAAUUACAGUCCACUAAGCAUGUGUGGUCUUGGAGUAGGAUCAUGCCCUGAUCCUCAAACAUAUUUUAACUGGGACGGAGUUCAUUUAACAGAGGCAGCAUACAGAAAAAUUGCUUCAAAAUUUAUAGAUGGGGAAUUCACAAGCCCCCCAUUUAAUUCUGUUUUUAAGAAUUGUUAGAUAUCAUAUUCAAUGUACUCUCUACAAAGUAGUUAUAAGAUUUUUUCAAUAGCUUCAAAACAUUGAACAAGAAUAUUAACGUUGGAAUCUCUGUUUAUAUAUUGGAAUACCUCCAUAAAUUCUUUUAUCUCAUCUUUGUUCUACGCUCUCUCUUCUGUGGUAGAGUUCUUUCGGUGCUUUUAUUGUUAGGGUUUGUUAUUUAUAAAGUCUGGAUUCAACAAUUGAGGAUUGGAAAUGGCAGAUCUUCUACCUGUCAUAAUUGGACCUCAUCCAGUCUCUGUUGUAGCAUUCAUAGCUUGAGGGUCAUUUUCAUGGUUUCUUCUUUGUAAUUUGGUGUUUCUUCUGCUUACCAUUAUGAUGUUUGUUUA